AUGGCAAAAAGGCCCGAUUAUAUACCAGAAUAUCAGUUUAAAGAGCUCCUGAAAUAUUGGAGUUCUGAUAAACUACAGAGAUCAUCCGAAAUCAACAAGGAGAAGCGAAAAAAGUUGACGGAUUCACACACUGCUGGCAAAACAAGUUUUGCUUUAAUCCGUAAUGAAUUGGAAAAAACAAAGGAACCUGUAUCACUUAAGGAGAUGUUUGUGGCCACAAGAGCAAGAAAACCUGGGCGUGUGUUCAAGGACUCAGACGAAAAUACAACUAGUAAAAUUGCUGAAAUGGAAAAAAUUGAAACACAACAAAGUAUAAAUGGCAGUCAGUCUGUUGAUGCAUUUUCAUCUGUCAUGGGUCCUGAACAUCCAGGACGUUUAAGAUUAUAUGGACGGGGGGUUACAAAGACUACUUUGAAAGGAAAAGUGGGCCAUUUCAUGCAGACUUCAAAUGCCACAAAUAAUACAGUGCAAGAAAUGCAAGAAAGGGUUCGAAAGAUGGAGGAACAAAUGGAAGAACAAAAGAGAACUAUGCGAAAAGAAAUUACUGCAGAUGUAAUUGCUCAACUUCAGCGUGCAGCAUUAAUUAAUCCAAACAUACUAGCAACAUUGUCUGUUUCGUCACUAGGAGAAGCUACCUCUGCACCACAAGCUGCUAAUCAACUGAUCCGUCGACCAUCUACAGGUAGCAACAAUCAAGGUUAG